AUGGCUCAAUCUAAGCAUAUAGACAAAGUUCUUGAUAGGCAUAGUGAUGAAACUAUUACAAAUAACCGUUUAAGGUUGAAGACAUCUAUUAAUGCUAUUCGAUGGCUUGUAUUUCAAGCAUGUGCAUUUAAAGGCGAUGAUGAAAGUCCUGGAUCUUUGAAUAGGGAAAAUUUUAUUGAGUUAAUUAAGGUUUUAGCUUCCUGUAAUCAGAAUGUUAAUAAUGUUGUCCUUGAAAGUGCUCCUGAAAAUGCUCAAUAUAUAUCUCUCGAAAUUUCAUUAGUUCUUUCUCGUCAUAAUCUUGAUGUCCAAAAUCUUAGGGGACAAGGGUACGAUGGAGCUACCAAAGAAGUUUGUUAUGUUCAUCAAUUCUUUUCAAAACUUACACUAAUUAUGAAUGUUGUGACUGUUUCUGCUAAAUGUCGUGAUCAGUUAAGGGUUGCUCAAGCAAAUAAUGUUGCAAACUUAAUUGCCAAUGAUCAAAUUGUGACAGGUAGUGAACUUAAUCAAAUUGGUACUUUGCAAAGAGCUGGAGAUACUAGAUGGGGGUCUCAUUUGAAUUCUGUACGUAGCUUGUUAUGCAUGUUUGAUGCUACUUGUGAAGUUCUUGAAAAAAGUACCGAAGAAGGUAAUUUCUCCACUCGUGGUGAUGCUAGUGCUGCUUAUGAUGCUAUCACAUCCUUUGAAUUUGUCUUUGUUUUGCAUUUGAUGAGAAAUAUUUUGGAAGUUAGUCAUGAUCUUUGUCAAGCUUUGCAACGAAAAAAUCAAGACAUAUUGAAUGCUUUAACUCUGGUUUCUACUACCAAGACUUUAAUCCAAAUAAUGAGAGAAUCAAGUUGGGAGGCUUUCAUAAAAGAAGUUAUAUUAUUUUGUGAGAAACAUGAAGUUGAAGUUCCUGAUAUGAAUGCAUUACAUAUUCCUAGAAGAGGCCGAACUCGCAAAAUUGUUGAUCAAAUUUCAGUGGAGUAUCAUUACCGUGUUAAUUUAUUUCUGGCUGUAAUUGAUACACAAUUGCCAGAGCUUAAUGGAAGAUUCAAUAAUAAUAUGGUGGAAUUGCUUACUUUAAGUUCAACUUUAGAUCCCAGAGAUAAUUAUAAGUUCUUCAGUGUCAACAAAGUAUGUGAAUUAGUAGAACGAUUUUAUCCAGGUGACUUCAGUGACCAAGAGAAAUUUCACAUUAGAAUGCAAGCUCAACAUUAUGAACUUGAUGUUCCUAAUCAUGUUGAAUUAACUAACUUGUGCACAAUUUCGGAGUUAUGUCAAGGAUUAACGAAGUUAGGAAAGUCUUUAACAUAUCCUUUGAUUGAUCGUUUGAUUCGCUUGAAGGACUAUAAUCAAUAUGAUGAUGAUCAAUAUUAUGAUGCCAAAUUGCCAAUGAAUGUGGACUUCCGGAAUUCUUCUGGUGCUUCCUUGCAAACUGCAACUGCUGGACCCACCGCAGACAUACGAAUUCACUCUUGCCACGUGGCACUCUAUGUCAUGGAGUUGCUUACCUUGUGA